AUGGCCUCCAGCACCUCUACAUCUGUUGAAGCUCGGUCCCAAGUCUUCCAGACUGAGUUUGAAGACAUUUGCAGAGAAAUCCAGGGCUCGGUCUUACCCAACAUCGUCACACCUUGGACUGAUGACGAUGGCGCCGCCACCGAUUCCUGCGUCCUCAGCCCCUCUGUAGAUGGCGGGAUGCCAGAGAGGCUGGUGGCUCAUUUGAAGAACAAUUUGGUGGACCUCUCGGCCUUUGACGGGGGGGGACUUCCAAGAUUGGAAUGUCGCCAGGCCGCAACCCCAAUGGCCAACCUCGACCCCGGACUGGGAAAAAUGGUUGCCGAGGAUGGAGCACUUCUUCGGCCAGCAAUGGAAGGAUCAAGGCAUCUACCACUUGAUCAAGCUAUUCGAUCGGCCGCUCGUCAUGGACCGGUCGCUCUUGGCCGCGACCCUAUGCUUCUGGUCGUCGGCCACAAAUCCUAUGAACCUCCGGUUUGGCAUGAUGACGCCGACCGUUCUAGACAUGGCCGCCCUAUUCGGCCUCUCCCCUCUUGGCGUGGACGUAAACGCCGCUCUGGUGGCCCCUGA